AUGGCCGGCGGACUGGUCAAGUACCGACAUCUCUCACGCGACUCCGCCCAUCGCCGCGCCCUUCUGCGCAACCUUGUCACCUCCCUAAUCGAGCACGAGAGCAUAUCUACGACAUGGCACAAGGCCAAGGAGGCGCAGCGCAUGGCGGAGAAGAUGAUCUCGUUGGGCAAGAAGAACACCGAAGCGAGUCGCAGACAGGCGCUGAAGUACCUAUUUAGGCCGCAUGAGCUACUACCGAAACUCUUCGGUCCAUUGCGUGAACGAUACGCCGAACGACCAGGCGGUUACACGCGCGUGCUACGCAUUGAACCGAUCAAAGAGGACCAAGCAGCUUCCGCCAUCCUGGAACUGGUGGAUGGGCCAAGAGACAUGCGCUUCGCACUAACUGCGAAGACCAUCGCAGAGGUGAGGAGGAAGGGGCAUGAGAUCAACGAUAUGACGGCCGCGAAUAUCGCGAAGGUGACCAAGUUUCGGCAGAACGCGGAUGAGGAGCUGGAGGAGAUGGUGGGGAGGUUUGAACGGUUGGCUGAUGAUCAAGAUGAGGAGGUGCAGGUGGUGAAGAAGAAGAGGGUAUAUCCGGAGAACGAGAGGAGUAGAUGA